AUGCGGGAGGGCGACCUGCAUGGGCCCGAGCCGGGGUGCGGGGGCGAGGCGGCGGGGCAGGCGGCGGCGGACUGCGCCGCGGUGUGCUGCUGCUGCCCCAUGGCGCUGCUCGAGGUGCUCCUGCUCGUCGCCGUCCGCCUCCCCGCCGACCUCCUGCGCCGGGCUAGGCUCCGACGACGCCGGAGACGGCGCCUGCGGCGGAGCGGCAGGGGCGGCGACGCGUCGCUAUCCGGGAGCGCCAAGGCGAUGAUCGCGGCGGUCGACGCGCUCGAGGCGGACGAGGCGGCGGCCGGGGCCAGGCGCGCCGAAGCGGAGGUCGAGGCCGCGUCGGAGCUCGAGCGCGAGAUCAUGGCCUCGCGCCUCUACGGCGCGGGCUUCUGGCGCAGCGCCUCCUCUCGCUCCAGCUCCUGCGCGUCCUCCGCGCGCCGGCCGUGAACGGCGGCAGCCACGUCAACCUCGUCUUCCCCGUCGAGU